CGCACAUAUAAGUGUUAUUUCCAUCCAUUAUUCAUGGCCUUCACUUUCCCCUUUCUUGUUUUGUCCUGACUCGAGUCGCGACUGAUUUCUGUAUUACCACUCACUAAAGAAUUCUGCCGGCCCCACAAAAUUUCAGGUACAAAUCAAGUCGCUUCCGCUGCUGCCCUGUCUCUCUUUUCUCUUCUCUCUCCAACCUCUUCCACCUUGCAAUCUCUCUUCCUCCCGCUCCCACCCAGCACCACCACAGCCUCAAAUGGUUUCAACUCUCCUGGUAUGCCAGUAUCCGCCUCAAGUGAUAUUUAUCACGACUUUUUCUGUUCUUCUCUUGCUGAUCGCCUUUGCACAAAUUCAAUCCAAUACAAUGGGAAGAGGUCCGAUUCACAAGCACUCAUGGGACAAAUCCCACCCUGGCAAGUCGACCAAAGAGGAUUUCAAACAGAACCCCAUAGCGGGGAUAUAUUCUCCGCUUGUCGACGAUUUGCCGCACUACGAACCGUUGAUUCCGCUCCCUGCUGCCGCCAAAACAUGAAGAGGGCCAUGGCCCAGAAAACUCCAUCCCCCGAUCCCGCUGGCGAUUUCGCCAUUUCGGAUCCGAUGACUCCCGUCGGCGGGACCCAUUAUUCAAGUAAGCCCACACCUCUGGUGUCGCAGCGCACUUAUUUUCUUUCUUUUCUUCGACAUACUGCCUGUGUCGUAUAUCACGUCGACGCAAAAACGGGGAGAAAUUUCGAGCGAUUCUACUGCGACAGCUGCCAUUUCUCACGAUGACGGUUUGAGAUCCAUUAUAAAUCUUUCCUCACCAGGCACAGGAGUCUUGUUUGCUCCAUCCUCUACAGUUCCAAACCGAUUGGACCCUGGCAACAGCGACCGCCAUUCCAAACGUCCCCUACUUUGGGGAAGGGCGGUACCUUGGGGUAUCUGUUUACAGCGACAGAGGUCCAAUUACUCUGGUUGACUCGGUGAUUCGGGUGGCGCGGAACUGUGAGGGUGUUGCUUACGUGGUUAGGUGUUUCUGCCCUUCCCGCUUGGCCGGCCUUUCAACUCGAACCUGUGGUGAUCUCACAAGGGAGGCUGAUAGCUCGAUUUGUGGAAAUGGUUCGGCUGCAUACUAAUGAGAGGAAUACUAUACGUUGGGAGGUUCGGGUUUUGCUGGGCAUCAUUUUGAUGUUGGUGUUGAUGGAGAUGGCUGGGAGGGUGACGUAUCCUGGGUGUACGAGUAGCCACCAUACAUAUAGUUUGGGGAAAUCGAAUUUGGCCUGAGGGCAUGAUCUUUUCGUUCAGAGAAGGUCUGAAUUUGUGCUUAAAAAUUGACAUGCGAAAGAUGCGGUCAACCAACUCUUCGUCAUCAACGGACCGAACACCGAAAUCAAAAUGGUCGAGGAUCAUCGCAUCAACGGCGAAACGACUCCAAGUGGCGCGCAAGAUCCCAGCCGCCGACAAGAGCUCAACGAAGCCCUCUGGCUACCCAUGUGGCAUUUGCACCUAUCGAAAGACAAGAUUCUUUGACUACCCAGUUGGCCUUUAUGGUAGCGCUCCAGGCGUCGUGUUCAGCACCGGAGACAAUACUAAAUUCUCCGUUGGCAUGAACUGCCCCGACACUGCCUUGGGUAGAACGAAUUCUAUUCGGCUCUUGGUCGGACAUGAUGCCAAAGGCGUUGCGGAGCGUGCAGACGGAAAUGACUACGCUCCCGAGACAGCCAGGACGAAUGGGCACACUUGCACUGGCCGUCGAGCUGCAGACUUGGGGUCCGUCAACUACGCCAUUCUAUCUGUUCAACAAGGUGGUGUAGAGAUUGCGGACGACAAUAACUUCGGCAAUAGAUGUCCAGAACAGAAGAUGAUAUAA